GAACUGCCAACCACCAUAGAACAGGGAAAAAGACAAAGAGUGUUUGUUGAAGAGCAGAAGUUUCUCCUGAAGGUUCAGCAGCCUGAGUUUAGUUGAUGAAGGAAAGGUAGAAGAUGGAAGCUCACGGUGGAGUUCAGAUCAACAUGGCAGCUCAGCCUGGAGGCAGUAUCUGUGCUCCGGUUCUCCAUGGAAGUUCUUUUGGAGGUCCAGUCACACUGAUAUACCUCAUACACGGAGGUCAGGGAGGUUCCAGUUCCAGCUCAGCUCAGACGGGUUCUCCUGCUGCUCCUGAACUCACUCACGUCCAGGUCAACAGCAUUAGCAUUAGCAGCACCAAGGAGCAAACCACCAUCAGCCUGUGUGACGGAGAGGUGACCGUGCUGAUUAAACCGAAACCAAAGGGCCGAGUCAGGCUGGAGGAGGAGACCCUCUGCAUCAUCGGGGAUUUUUACCAGGGAUACAGGAGCCGAAACCAGCACCCAGCCUCGGACACGCUGAGCAGAGUGGUGGAGGGGAUGCUCCACAAACACAGUGUUGCCUACAGCGGUAUGGUCCAGCGAUUGUGUUUGGAGCAGCAAGACGAUAGCAUGGAAUUUAUUAGCAGCGUGGCGAAGACCCUGUUUGAUGAUGGGAUCACCAACUGGGGGCGGAUUGCCAGUCUGGUGGCGUUGGGUGCGGUGGUCUGUGAGUGGCUGAAGGAGGUGGGCAGAGAGCAGUGUGUGGAGAACGUCAUACAACACAUCUCAAUGUACCUCAGUACAGACCAGCGACAGUGGCUCAUCAACAACAAAGCCUGGGCUGGCUUUGUUGAGUUCUUCCGCGAGGACCACCGCGAGGACCACCCUGAGAGCUGUGUGUGGAACGCUUUGAUGAGCUUUGUAAUCGGUGGGGGGGUGGGGGUGGGGAUAUCACUGCUGAUGCGCUGAAGGGGCGUGGUCAAACGCAGUUAACAUGACUACAUUCAGUGCAUGCUGGUCUGGAAAAGCCUUGGAGAACUCCUUUGAUAUAACUGGUCAUACCAGCAGAAUUUAGCUGGACUGUUAUUUUUACAUUUACGGCAUUUGGCUGACGCUCUUAUCCAGAGUGACUUACAAUUUGAUCAUUUCACACAGUUGAGCGAAGGUGGUGUUAGGAGUCUUGCCCAAGGACCCUUAUUGGUAUAGUGCAGGGUGCUGCCCUGGUCAGGAUUGAACCCCAGUCUACAGCGUAGAAGGCAGAGGUGUUACCCACUACACUAACCAACAACCUACUUUUUCCGUUUCUGCUACGCUGAGUGAAACCGUUAGCCUGAAUCUUUAGCAUUAACAUUUAGCUAGGCUAGGCUAGGACUCUUAACCCAUAGGUGUAGCGCUAAAUAAGGCAACAUGCUAAUAGGCAACUACACUGGACAGGUGUAGUUAAACCUUCUCUCCGUCUCAGGUCAAAGCAUUAAUGUUAGGCUUAUUUAGGCUUAUAGCCCUGUAGGAUAGUAAAACAGUUGUGUUCAGUGACUGUCAUAUUACAGCAAUAUAAACAUUCAGAAUGUGGUGACAGAUUGAAGAACAGAAUCUGAUUACCGACUGAUGUUUAUUUAGUGAUCUUUUUGUCAAAUCUCUGAAGUCCUUUAAAGAGACAGGACAUCACCACCCAACACAUUCACAUUUUAACUUAAUCAUUUUACACAUUGAUUUAUGAAAUACAACUAAUUAAACUCAUAAAUCCAUUAUAUUUCUUAAUGAAUAUUUACAAGAGCAAGCUAUGCGUUUCUGUUACCGGUGAAAACAGAAAUGCCUUAUCUAGAACUCUAGAACCAGAAUUCAAAGCACAGUCAAUUCAGUGUAAAUCUAUGAUGUUGGAACCAGUUAAGAUUUUCAACCUGUACACCUAAAACAUCAUUCAACAGAAUAAAUAUGAUCAUUGAUAAACAGUAAA